UGUGUUGGGGGGAUCGGGGAGUGUCGGAGUGUCGGCGUCACCUCGUUACCGUGUGGACACCUGCGCCGGCGUGUUGCUGUCGUUGUCGUUGUUGUUGUCGUUGUUGUGUGCCGUCAGCGUGCCGGACAGCGGCUCCCCGGGGCGUGGGGUGCUUCCUGGGGGGCCGUUGCCUGACGCCCCGCUUAGCCUGCAGGAAAUAAUGUUCUGACGAGUGUGACGCGCCCCGCCCCGCCCCGCCCCACUUCGACCCGCCGCCAUGAUGGACAUGGAGAAGAAUUACCUCUCCUUCUGGAAGCGGCUGUCGCGGCGCAGCGCCUCCAGCCCAGUGCUGGCCCGCGCCGCGCACAGCUCCUCGUCCCGCGCCUCGCGCAUCCCCCAGGAUACCGUGAGCCGCCAUGUGCUGUCCUCGGAGGACCUGAGCGCCGCACCGCCGCAGCGGCGCCUCGCGGCCCGCGGGGAGGAGUGCCGCUCCGCCGAGGACCUGCUGGAGGCCUCGCCGCUGCGCAGCCGCCGCGCCGCCUCCGCCAGCCAGCUGACCCGACCCUUCUCCGCCGCCGCCGCCGCCUCCAAGUCCACCAGCGCCCUGGAGGUGAAGGCCGCCGCCGAGCCCGCCGCCAAGAAGGGCAAGGAGGAGAAGCGGCGGCGCCUGGGCCUGUCGCUGGGCAAGGCGCGCCAUCCCGGCAAGAAGCGCGGCUCCCGCAGCGAGUCGCCCGCCGCCUCGCCCUCACCGGACGUGCCGGACGUGCCGGACGGCUCCGUGGCCAGCCGCGCGCCCUUCGACUUCCUGCUGCCCGACGACGGCGCGCUGGUCACCUCGCCCACCUAUGACGUCCUGACGCCCUCGGAGCUGUACGCGCGGCGGAGCACCCGCGGCACCCGCGGACCGCCACCCCGUCCCGCCCACGCCUCCACGCCCAACGGCGAAGCCCCGCCCCCGGCAACAGACACGCCCGACGCCCGCACCCAGCAGCCCCCCACGCCCUCACUGUCCGGCUCGGAGGAGUCGUCGACCCCAGGCCCUCAGACGCCCGCCACCGCUCAGCAGGAGCAGCAUAAAGGUCGGUGGGAGGGUCGGCAUGGGGGGCAGGAGGAGAGCCAGGAGGGGGCGCCGCAGGGGCAGCAGGCAGGGGGUCACUACGCGGUGCCUGGCCCCCCGGUGUUUAUAUACGAGCAGCCCCCGCCGCCUCGCCCCGUUGCGUCAUUCCCUGGGGCCGACGCCAUCACCGACGCCCCCGAUGCCAAAGUCACCGACGUGCCGCAAACUGUUCCCCCCUCCCCUUCUGCCGCCACGUCCCCCGCCAAGGCCAUCGACGCCCCCGCUGCCGCGAGCACCACUUACCCAGGUCCAGCAACUGACCCCCAAAAUGCAGGCCCCGCCGCCUCCACCAGCACUGCCACGGCCACAGCCAUCCCCACAACCACGGCCACGUCCACAGUCAUAGCCAAGGACACCGCCACAGCCACCUCCACAGCCACCCCUACAGCCACCCCCACAGCCACAGCCAUCUCUACGGCCACAACCACAGCCACCCCCGCCGCCACAGCUGAGGGCACCGCCGCAGCCACCGCCACAGUUGGAGAUACAGACAUAGCCACCCCCACAGCCACCACCUCAGCCACUCGCACAGCCACCGCCGCAGCCACCCCCACAGCCACCCGCACAGCCACCGCCCCCCAGAACGCCGGCUCCUUCGCCGCAACACCCCCGCCGCAGGAGCGUGGGCAAGACGGGUCCCCCGCCUCCUGGAGCCCCGACAGUGGCGGCGGGCAGGGCAGGAGCCUCGAGGGGGCUCGGCGCACCUACAGCCAGCCGGUGGGCGGCGCGCAGCACCACAUUGUGCGCCGCAGCCACAGCGAGCCGCGGCGCGUCAGCCCCCAGUAUGACGCGCCGCGGCCCAGCCCCUACCACCCCCUGGCGCUGGCGCUGACGGCCGAGGACACGCGGGUCAUGCAGGACAACCUGGACGACCACCUGGCCAAGCACGGCCUCAAGGUGCUGGCCGAGGCGGGCCACCACCCCGCCACGCCGCCCCGCCCGCCCCGCCACAGCCCCUUGGCCAAGGUCCACAGCGCGCCGCCCCCGGCCACCACGCCGCCCCACCAGAGGGCCGCCCCCCGCCCUGAGCACUCGCCGCUCACCCGCUCAGCCUCGGCGCCGCCUCGGCGAGGGGGCCCAAAACCGCCGCCGCCCCAGCGGUCACCCAGCACGCGCCUCACCACCGUGCCGUCGCCAGCCCCCGCCGCGCCUGCCCCCGGCCAGGCCCCGCCCCCCGGCCCCGGCCAGCCCCGCCUGAUGCACCGCACUCACUCCCUCACCUCCGUGGUCAUGCUGGAAGACCCCAAGGCACACACCGUCGCGCCCUGGACCUCCACCGUCACAAGCAGCCAGACCCUGGCGCCCCUCUACCCGCCCCGGCCCCGCCCCGACCUCCGGGGCCCCCAUCACACCUUCAGGCCUCGCCGCGCGCCCCGCCCCGACCCCACCCCGGCCCGCCGCUGGUCCUCCCACCAGGAGGACGAGCUCGCGUCCCCGUCCAUGACGCCGUCGCCCGUGGGGGGCACGCCGCGGUACACGCGGGGCCGCGACAUGCGCUACUACUCGCCUCAGCCCCACCCCUACCCGCCCCGCCAGGCCCAGCGGGAUGCCGCGCGCACCGCCGUGGCCAGCUGGGCGGCGCAGCGCAUGGCGCAGCGGCACACCGGCACCUGGCCGCUGUGGGGGCGGCACCCGCCCAUCCUGGAAGAGGCCGAAGAGGGGACCAUGAUACUUCCCGCCCGCGCCCACACGCUGCCGCUGACACAGACCAAAAGCUCCAGCGACUCAGACCAUUCCGUGGCUGGUCUGCGCACCGCCUCACUGGACAGGAUGGGGGGGCGGCGCUCCCACGCCCACCCCCCCGCCCCCCACCACGCCCACGGCCCCCACUACUCCCUCCCCAGACGGCCCCAGCACACCCAGCGUCUCUCCCAGCCACAGAGCAAGGUAGGGGAUGCUUGGGGAAUGUGGGGAAGGAAAGGGAAGGGGAUGGAAGGGGAAGGAAAGAUAUAGGGGAGGAAUUAUUUGAAGGGGGUGUAAGUAUG